AUGGCUUCUGUACAGCCACUCAACGGCACCCCUGGCCCUGGCCAAGGUGGUAUACCCUCCCUGCCCCCAGGCCUCACCAAGGAGCAGGUUCAGGCAACGUAUAUGAAAUAUCAACAGAUGAAGGCGCAGAACGUAUCCGAAUCCGACCCCGAGUUCAUCAAGGCGCGUAAUUUGCUUGCCGCCGUCUCGCAGCAAACGAACCUGCAGAAACAGCGCCAGCGGUACAUACAGGAACAGCAGCAGAAGCAGCAGCAAUUACAACAGCAGCAGCAGGCACAACAGCAGCAGCAAAAUGGAACUGCCCAUGCUGCUGCUACGAACGGUGCGCAAGCAUCUUCGACGCCCUCUGCUAAUGGUCAAGCCGCCGCUACCGCCGGGACGCCUACACUGCCUUCAAACAAUGACACCAGUGCAAACACCGGCACACAACAAUCCACUGGCGCUGACAAGGCUGCGACUCCGAGUGCGCACCCUGCAUUCACCCAAGCGCAGGUUAAUAUCUUGCGGGCUCAAAUCGCUGCGUUUAAGCGCAUUUCCCGCAACAUGACUAUCACACCUGAGAUGCAGCAGGCCCUUUUCCCUUCUAAGCAAGCCACCAAGUCUCCGACUCCUGCUGAGCGUGUUGCCGCUGCUGGCCAAGUGUUGGAUAACGCCCAGGCUGCCGCUACUGAUGCCAAAAAGGAAGAGUCAAAUGCCCACAAGGGCUUCAAGACGACGACCGACCCGUACUCAAUGUUCCCGAAGUCCAUCACAUACACCGAGCAUGGCGUCCGUGAGCGCCGUUCCAUCCUGCCCAGCAUCAUGCCCCCGGGCGUCGACGUCGACAAGGUCCGCGAGGAACGCGAAAUUGUUCUGUACAAUCGAAUCCAGGCUAGGAAGGCGGAGCUCGAGGCGCUGCCAGCAAAUGUCGGCAUUUGGGAUACAAGCAGAUCGGAUACUCCUACGGAUGAGCAUGCGAAGAACCUGAAGCUGAAGGCCCUGAUCGAGUAUAAGAAGCUGUGCCUUUUACCGAAGCAGCGUGCACUUAGGCAGGAGAUUGGAAGGCAGAUGAUGUAUGCGGAUAAUCUGGCCAUGACAGCCAACCGGGCCAUGUAUCGCCGUGUGAAGAAGCAGUCUCUUCGCGAAGCUCGCAUCACCGAGAAGCUCGAGAAGCAACAGCGCGAUGCUCGGGAGAGCAAGGAAAAGAAGAAGCAGACCGAUCAGCUCAAGGCUGUGCUCGCCCGUGGAGAGGAAAUUCAGAAGGCAGCACAGAACCAGCGCCUUCGCAUGCAGCGCCUUGGCCGCGCCAUGAUGCAGACUCACCAGAACAUCGAAAAGGAGGAGCAGAAGCGCGUAGAACGCACGGCAAAACAGCGUCUCCAGGCUCUGAAGGCAAACGACGAGGAGACGUACCUGAAGCUUCUGGGUCAAGCAAAGGAUACACGUAUUUCCCACCUGCUCAAGCAAACCGACGGUUUCCUCAACCAGCUAGCUGCUUCUGUCAAAGCUCAACAGCGAAGCGCUACCGACAGAUGGGGUGGAGAAGCCCCCGAAUCCGAGUCUGAAGCAGACGAGAGUGAUCUCGAUGAGGAUGACCCGAACAGGAAGGCGAACAAGGUCGACUACUACGAGGUUGCUCACCGUGUCAAGGAAGAGGUCUACGAACAGUCCAGCAACCUGGUUGGUGGUACGCUGAAGGAGUAUCAGCUCAAGGGUUUGCAGUGGAUGAUUUCGCUGUACAACAACAACCUGAAUGGUAUUCUGGCUGACGAGAUGGGUCUUGGCAAGACCAUCCAGACCAUCAGUCUGAUCACUUAUUUGAUCGAGAAGAAGCAGCAGCCUGGUCCCUUUCUUGUCAUUGUUCCUCUGAGUACUCUCACGAACUGGAACAACGAGUUCGAGAAGUGGGCGCCGAGUGUGCAACGCAUCGUUUACAAGGGCCCUCCUCAACAGCGUAAACAGCAACAGCAGCAGAUCCGCUGGGGGCAGUUCCAGGUGUUGCUUACCACUUACGAGUUCAUCAUCAAGGACCGCCCGAUUCUCAGCAAGAUCAAAUGGCUGCACAUGAUCGUUGACGAAGGUCAUCGUAUGAAGAACGCGAACUCGAAGCUCAGCAGUACUAUCACUCAGUACUACACCACGCGUUACCGUCUCAUUCUUACCGGUACUCCCCUUCAGAACAAUCUUCCUGAGCUUUGGGCGCUGCUCAACUUCGUUCUUCCCAACAUUUUCAAGUCUGUCAAGUCAUUCGAUGAGUGGUUCAACACGCCGUUCGCGAAUACUGGUGGUCAAGACAAGAUGGAGCUCAGCGAAGAAGAGCAGCUGCUUGUCAUUCGCCGUCUUCACAAGGUGCUUCGGCCCUUCCUCCUGCGUCGUCUCAAGAAGGACGUCGAGAAGGACCUUCCCGACAAGCAGGAGCGCGUCAUUAAGUGUACCUUCUCUGCCCUCCAGGCCAAGCUGUACAAACAGCUCGUCAACCACAACAGACUCGUGGUCAGCGACGGCAAGGGCGGCAAGACCGGCAUGCGUGGUCUGAGCAACAUGCUCAUGCAACUCCGCAAGCUGUGUAACCAUCCUUUCGUUUUCGAAGAAGUUGAAGAUCAAAUCAACCCGGGAAGAGGCACCAACGAUCUUCUCUGGCGUACCGCAGGCAAAUUCGAGCUGCUCGACAGGAUAUUACCCAAGUUCCAAGCAACCGGUCACAGAGUCUUGAUGUUCUUCCAGAUGACGCAAAUCAUGAACAUCAUGGAAGAUUUCCUGCGGCUGAGAGGACUCAAAUACUUGCGUCUGGAUGGUUCAACGAAAGCUGACGAUCGUUCGGACCUCUUGAGGCUCUUCAACGCUCCCGAUUCCCCGUACUUCUGCUUCUUGCUCUCCACCCGUGCUGGUGGUCUUGGACUGAACCUCCAAUCUGCCGAUACCGUCAUCAUCUACGACUCUGAUUGGAAUCCCCAUCAGGAUUUGCAGGCCCAGGAUCGUGCUCAUCGUAUUGGUCAGAAGAACGAGGUCCGCAUUCUCCGUCUCAUCAGUUCCAACUCUGUUGAGGAGAAGAUUCUAGAGCGGGCCAACUUCAAGCUCGACAUGGACGGCAAGGUCAUCCAGGCCGGUAAAUUCGAUAACAAGUCCACGAACGAAGAACGUGACGCCAUGUUGAGGAUCAUGCUUGAGUCCGCCGAAGCUGCCGAAAACCUCGAGCAAGCUGAGAUGGAUGAUGAGGAUCUCAACUUGAUCAUGAUGCGUUCCGAUAACGAGCUGGUCGUCUUCCGUGAAAUCGAUGAGGCGCGAGCCAACGACGACCGAUACGGUCCUGACCGGAAAAUCCCUCGCCUGUUCUCCGAGGCGGAAUUGCCGGACAUUUACGUCAAUGACGAUACCGCUAUUGUUGAAGAGGUCGAGGAAACGUACGGUCGCGGUGCUCGCGAAAGGAGAUCUGUCAAGUACGACGAUGGUCUCACGGAAGAGCAAUGGCUCGAGGCUGUCGACAACGACGAGGAUACGAUCGAAGCAGCCAUUGCCCGCAAGGAAGCUGCCAAACAACGGCGCGCUGGAAACAAGGACAAGCGCACUACUCGCGACUUCGAGGUUGUCGAGUCUCCACCUGUAUCUCGCGAGAGCUCGGAAGAGCCGCAGCCCAAGAAGCGCGGUCGCAAACCAAAGGCCGACAAGCGGAAAGCGGACGAAGCAUCUCUGGACGGCGACACGACUCCAGCUCCUCGCAAGCGUGGGCGUGGUGCCAAAACCAAUGAGACACUCAGCCCAGAGGACCGACAGGCAUUGCAAAAGAUCCUCAACAAUGUUUUCGAGACGCUCAACGAUUUGGAAGAAGCCCCGGCACCUGGGGAAGACCUUGCUCCGCGCGGCAUUAUUGACCCGUUCAUUUUACUGCCAGACCGCUACGAGUAUCCAGAUUACUAUCAGAUCAUCACCAAGCCUGUUUGCAUGGACCAAAUCAAGAAGAAGAUCAACAAAAAAGAGUACCAGCACACACGGCAGUUCAGGCAGGACAUGGCGGUCUUGUGCAAUAACUGCCGCACAUACAACGAGGACACGAGUAUCCUGUAUCAAGAUGCCAACCUCAUCGAGGACACGUGUGUCAGCAAACUCAAGGAGGAGACGGAGGAAUACCCUCAGUUUGCCGACUUCGACGACCGGGGCAACUCAAGUGUCAGGCCCUCGACAGGACCAGUUUCAAGUGCAGGCACUCCUAUGGCAUCCCGCUAA